CCAUGGGUGAGUACACAAGUCGAUUGUGCACCCCCUCCACAUCUCGCUUUGCUCUUGCCCCUAAUACGGUGUCGGGUUUCCAAUGAUGACCACCGUCUAAUAAUAUACCGGCUCCGGUAGUGCUGCCUUUUUGUUUUGGCGACCUGCAAAUCUCUUCUACCUCAAUUCCACGUACCAACAAUGAGCGUUGUAUGUUUCCCCAUGAUCCAUGAACCAUGUUCCAUAAAUCCAAAGACCAGAGCUCUCUGCGAUGCUAUAUCCCAUACUCCGUACUCCGUACCCCUAGAAAUUGGGACUGAUCUUUGUUCUUCAUAGCGCGAUCCAUCCAAAGCCGGCCUGUAUAUCCAUCAGCUAGACGAGGCUCGCUGUCAUGGCAAUUGGGCAACAGUGCCUGAACUGGUGAGGAAAAUCAAGAAGCAUGCGCCAAAUCGGACUUGUACGUGCUACACCGGUUUCCCAGUAUUCGAGGGCUAUUAUUGAUAAGCUGGAACAGGUCUGGCAUUGACAGCAGAGGCCGAACUUGUUGCUCAUGAAGCUUCCCUUAUCCGGCCUACCUCCCGCCCAGGGACCGCCAACACAGCGAGUACAGCAAGACCCCCCUCCUCUGAACCGGCACCAGCUCCGAACCUCUCUGAAUACAUUCCCCUUUUGCAGAAUGCAAUCGAAAACGAGCAUACCUUUGUCGAGGACGAAUUCCAGGCACAGGUGUGUUUAGGAUGGAUACAUUGGUUGCUGAAUGACCCUACAUUGGCAGCCCAAGUGCUGCCUAAAAGCAUCGAGCAGGAGUUUUCGCAGUUGGAUGGUACGAACAAGGAAUCCGCAGAAUGGACGAGAGUGUGUGCAUUGAAAGCGUCCUAUCUAAAGGGAACCGCCCAGGUGAGAACCGGAGCAGUGGCAGAAGCUCUAGUAACCUUCGAGACUGCCCUGCCAAUUUUAUCCAGCGUGUCAAGUUUGUCCGGCCCUGGUAAGCAUGGAAGAGAGUUAUGGUCGUGGUCUGAACUGUACUUGACGGGCUUUUGCAUGCUUUCGAGCCACGCCAUUAAGAACAAGGUAUCAUCAUUGUUGGAAGCAGAGACACUUUCUGCGUUCCGGGCGUGGGGAAACUUUUGGGAUACACAAACGCCAGCCCCCACAGGAGGGCGUGCUUUUCAAGCCGAAGUACCUAGACGUCGAGUAUGGAGAGAAUAUUACAUUACACUUUCAGACCUCUUGCGACAAGAUUUGCCGUUUCCCACGACAUCCUUAACAAUAGCCCAUGCGGAGCCAUCCACCAGAUUGCGACAGCGUGCAGAAAUAAAACGAGUAGAAGCAAAAUAUGAAACCUUGCUUUUAGCCGAAGUUCAUUUUCCAAAAGCGGAUCAGGCUAGCGAGGAAGUUGAAUCUUUUGUCGAGAUUGUUAUGGAAAAUUGGCGAAUACUCUGUGGAAGCAAUUGGAAAGAGUACGACUUGGGCGAGGGUGGCUCUGAGGAUGUAAGUCGAGGUGUUCUCGAUAUUCUCUAUCGUGCAGCAACGAAAACUUUCCAUUCAACUGCCAUUCUCAGACAUCUUUUUACAGUACACCUGGCAAUUGCAGAGUUCGACUUGGCCUUAAAGGCCUUCGAUACCUACAUGGAGAUUGUCAAAAAAGCAAAAGCGCGAGAGGCGAAGACAGGGGAAUCCGAGCAUGGGCUAGACAAUGAUGAGACAGUAUUAAGAACAGUCUCCGAAUGUAUCAGAGCCCUAUGUCGAUAUGGCUCUCGUCAAGGAGCAGAAAAGGCCAAGGACCUAGGUCAGUAUCUUGAAGAGUGGAUGGAGAGCCACCGUUCAACGGAGCCAAAGACUCAAAAUAGACGUACCCCAGGCCACGAGCACCUAACAAAUACUGGUUCAUAUGUUGAUCCAAGAGUAUUUGCCAUGGUAUGGCGAAGUAUAGGUGUCAGUCAGGCUCAAUGGGCUCGUAUGACCUUUGAUGCCUCGUCAAGGUCGGAGACUCAGAUUAAUGCUAUGAAGUCUUUUCGGAAGUCACUAUCAUUAGAGUAUCAAAGUUCUUCAGAUGUGGAAACUUUGUUCGCUCUAGGUAUACUUCUGGCUGAACGCAGAGAAUUAGGACCGGCAAUCGAUGUUGUAAAAGCUGCCCUCCUGCCUCGUCCCUCAGCUACACCAAUUCCGACGCAUGAAUCAGGCCCACAUGCGGUCGCUUUUGCACGAGAAAGGAAAUUGAUACCUCUGUGGCAUCUCAUGGCAUUGCUGCUCAGUGCGCGACAAGAAUUCAUCACUGCGACAAGAUCUUGCGAAGGUGCCUUUGAGCAAUUUCAAGAUCCAAAAUUUCUCUUUGGGGACGAGUACCUGGAUGGUUCAUUUCGCAGUGAACACUUGAAAGAAUAUGAGAAAUCAUUAGAUGUUGGAGCUGUGGAUGAUAUGGAUGACUUUGAAAGGGAAGGCAUUCUAGAAGUAAAAAUGACUCAGCUAGCGUUGAUCGAGGUUCUUGAAGGGCCUGACAUUGCCGUCAAUGCUAGUGACGAAUUGUUGAGUCUCUACACCAGGCUGUUUGGUGAUCCGCAGAAAGAUCAACCACAAGAGUUAUUAUCUGCUGCACCUCCUAAAACAUCGGCAGGGACGAUAAGAACUAUCAGAGGUAGCAUAUUUGGGAGAACCGGUCGUUCUUUACGCAAAUCAAUUCCUCCUGCUGCACCCGGAUCUACCACCCAAGAAACCAGAGAAAAAUCGUCGCCAGAGCGGCCACAAACCUCCCGUAGUACAAUCGCUCCUACAAUUCAUGUCACUGGUGAGAAUGGCACUGCAAAGUCGAGGCGAGACUCACUCAGGAAUCCCCAUCAUCAAGAGAAGUUACAGAAAAGAAACGACAGUACAUCUAGGAAAAGAGGUACGAGUCUAAGGAACAGGAGUAGCAGUGCCAGCAAAGCACGAAAUACUAGCUCUGCGCGGAAUUCAAGAAACGCAGGUACCGAGGUGGACAGUGAGAAUUACUUUAUCCCAAUGGACCAGAACAGAGAUUCUUGGCUGCCCGAAGAUCAAGAAGGCGAAAUUGGGGUUGCUGUCAUUCCGGACUCUUCUUUACCAUCGAAUGUACUCCCCCCAAAGUCUCAGAACAUGUCACAAGUAGACCCGUCCUUGAAGCCCUCCGUUCAAGACAAUCGACUUCCCAAAAUAUCACCCCUUUCGUCCUCAACAGGUCCGGCGACAAAAUUUCCAAAAGAACAACAAAAAAGGCGAAGGACAGCAAUCCUAGUCAAGGUCUGGUUGUUAAUUAGUGGGUUUUACCGCAGAGCCUCCAUGUUUGAAGAUUCUAGGGGAGCCAUUCAAGAGGCACAAAAGCUUGUUGAAGGUGUGGAAGAAGAAGUAUCAAGAGAUACCACUGGGGCUGUUUCUUUGCAGUACGCUGGUUGGGGAGGUGGUAAAAGCGUUGGUGAAUUGUGGGGUGACGUAUUUGCAGAAGUAUGUGCUCAUCGCCCUUGUUUACGGAAUGUUUCUAACAUGUAUUUCAGCGUGGAUUUCUUGCCAUUUCGGAAGCAUUGCCCUAUCUUGCUCUUCAACACUUCGAAUCCGCCUUGACAAAUUUUGCAGACCAUCCUUCUGCCAUUGUGGGGUUGUCAAACAUACUUCUCGAUAUAUAUACUGAAGAUCUUUUGCCACUUCCUGCGAUACCACCUCUUGUUCAACCUCAUGACACCCAGACCCCAUCAGCAUCCACAUUGACAGAACUCGCUACUAAUCUCAAUAUUCACUCUACACGACCUCCAACUACGAAGCAAUCAUCCAUCUUACCUAACGCACCAAUUGGACCACUGGGGCUGCCGUCUGUAAAACCAGUGUCUAAAGCUACCGACUUCCAGGCCUCCACUUCAACCCCGGACUCACCAAAUUCCGUCUCAGGCUCCAGAGAGACUUCUGCUAUGUUCUUAGAUAGGUUGGCAGCAAGAGACAGAGCAUACGGACUGUUAAGCGGCUUGACAAAACUGGGGUCAGGAUGGAACUACAGCGAGGCUUGGUUUGCGCUUGCUCGAGCUUAUGAAGAGGGAGGUCAACCUGAUAAGGCCAGGGAAGUUCUGUGGUGGUGCGUUGACCUCGAAGAAGGGAGAGGUGUGCGAGGUUGGCAAGCUAUUGGAAGUGGUGGGUAUGUCUUGUGAGCUUUUCGCAGGGAGAUCGUGCGG